GGGCUGCUACAUUUGGAGUGCACACUUCAGAGAGGAAAGACAGCCACUGUGAACUUCUUGCAGUCCCGCGUCCCGCCUGCACCGUGUCCUGUCCGCGCGCUCACCGGAAUAACCACGUGAUUAGUUUGCGACGUCACCUAAAUACCAUCCGGAGACUGAAGGAAUGUAGCCGUUGCGCUGGUUCUCCGGUGCAGUGAUGGUGUGAAAUGGCUCGCGGAGGCCCGGUCCCGUCGCUGCUCGCUCACACUGCAAGCAGCUGAAGUUGCGGCGGUAGCGCGAGGAUGGAGCACGCGGCCGAUGUGAAGUGUAAGAUGGUGGUGGUGGGAGACAGCGCGUGCGGCAAAACCGCCCUGCUCACCGUCUUCGCCAAAGACUGCUUCCCGGAGAGCUACGUGCCGACAGUGUUUGAGAACUACACGGCCAGCUUUGAGAUCGACUCCCUCCGAGUGGAGCUCAGCCUCUGGGACACAUCCGGAUCACCAUACUACGACAACGUGCGUCCUCUUUCAUACCCUGAUGCAGACGCAGUGCUCAUCUGUUUCGACAUCAGCCGACCAGAAACGCUGGACAGCGUGCUCAGGAAGUGGAAGGGUGAGAUUGAGGAAUUCUGUCCCAACACCAAAAUGCUCCUGGUUGGUUGCAAGUCAGACCUGCGCACAGACCUGGCAACCUUUGUGCAGCUCUCCAAUGAGUUGCCACUGACUUACGAUCAGGGAUCAAACAUGGCCAAGCAGAUCUCAGCUCCUUACAUUGAGUGUUCUGCACUGCAGUCGGAGAACAGUGUGAGAGACAUUUUCCACGUGGCUGCUUUGGCCUGCGUCAACAAGAGCAACAAAAAUGUAAAGCGUCACAAGUCUUCCAGAGCCACCAAGCGAUCUUCACACAUGCCUGGCAGAGCCGAGCAUGAUUCAAUGUCGUGUCUGCACAAGAGCAAGGCCAAAACCUGUUCUGUCAUGUGAAGAACCAUCAGAAACUCUUUUAUGGGUUGAUAUUUUACUUGGAUUUGUUUCCCUUCAAGAUUGAAAGCAUGAACUUGGAAACAUUGGAAACAGUUUUUUGCACUUUACACAAAUUCAUUGACUCCUCCAAGAUGGUGACACUAUAUACCAUGAUUUUGAGGAGUGCCGCAGCUCUGAAGCUUGGAAUCCGAGAGACCUGAAUUAAUGAAGUGUUCAUUGCUGUGCCAAAACCUGAUUCCCCUUUUAAAUAUAUGCAGCACAGAAAUGGUGGAUUCAGAUACAUCGAGCAAACUUCAAGUAGGAGAAAGGAACCUUUUGUAGUCAGUUAGAAUCUCAGUCAGUAUACAAUACGAAAUGUCAAGGGAGAACUAGCACCUAGACCCUGUUUUUAUUUCAGUGAAAUAAUUUAUGGAUGUAUCUAACUUUACUUUAGUGAAAAUAAACUCAAACGUGACCCUUGACCAAAGCAGAACUUGAUGGAACCUGAUGGUUAGUCUUCUCAGACCUGAGGAAUUUUGUAAAUGAACUUUGAAGCAAUAAAUAACUGUUAACCUCC